GCGCUAAAUGUGAUUUAACGUCGACUGGGACCGCGCGCGUGCAGCUGUGCGUCUGUUCCAACGGCCGCUGACGUCAGACAUGAAACUUUAACAGUUCGGUUCGUGGACCCUCCAUCUCGUUUAGCUUCUUAUUUCUCGUGCCGACGCCUGCUUUAGGCACAGGCUGACCAUGCAGAGCGACAAACCUGAGCCCACAGAGCCCGGUAAGGUCGCGGAGCGUCCGAGCACCAGCGGCGCUGCUGAGGAGAACACGCCGAGCGUCGAGACGGCAGAUGCGGACAGACCCAGGGGGAUAAGCGCCGUCGCGGUGCUGUGGACUUUCGGCAAAUGUCUGGGCGCCCUGCUCCCAGUUUAUCUGGCCGGCUACUAUCGUGUCAGCACCAGUCUGCUGGUGUGCGGCAUGAUGGUGUACACUGGAUGGAAACAUGCCCGGGAGGCGAAGGAGGAGCGCCUCAGGUCAGCCAUACAGCUGCUCGACAACGAGGAGGAGUAUGCGUUUAGGAAAGUGUCUAAAAUCAAGCGAGACCUUCCUGCGUGGGUCAAUUUUCCAGAUGUGGAAAAGGUUGAAUGGCUGAACAAGGUACUGCAGCAGGUGUGGCCCUUCGUAGGCCAGUACAUGGAGAAGCUGCUGGUAGAAACCAUCGCUCCAUCCCUCCGAGCCUCCAGCAACCACCUCCAAACACUCAGCUUCACCAAGGUGGACAUGGGAGACAAGGCGAUGAAGGUUGUAGGGAUCAAGGCUCACACAGAUAACGACAAGGGCCAAGUUCUGCUAGACCUGUACAUUAGCUAUGUUGGGAAUGCAGAGAUCAAUGUUGAAGUGAAACGAUACUUCUGCAAAGCUGGAGUCAAAGGGAUCCAGCUACAUGGAAUGAUGCGCGUGAUUCUGGAGCCUCUGAUUGGUGAUGUGCCCAUUGUUGGAGCGGUCUCUAUGUUUUUCAUUCGUCGACCUAAACUAGACAUCAAUUGGACUGGACUGACUAACUUAUUGGACGUCCCUGGACUAAACGUCAUGUCGGACAGCAUGAUUAUGGAUGCCAUUGCUUCGUUCUUGGUGCUGCCCAACCGUCUUGUUGUCCCCCUGGUUCCUGGUUUGCAUGUGGCUCGCCUACGCUGUCCUUUGCCCAGGGGUGUGGUUCGCAUCCACCUGCUGGAGGCACAUAAUCUGGCAGCCAAAGACAACUAUGUGAAAGGAGUUAUGGCUGGCUUGUCUGAUCCCUACGCCAUAUUAAGGGUGGGGCCUCAGACCUUCACCUCCAAGCACAUCGAUAACACAGACUCUCCCAAGUGGGGAGAGAUGUAUGAGGUUAUAGUCCAUGAAGUGCCGGGUCAGGAGUUGGAGGUGGAGGUUUAUGACAAAGACCCAGACAAAGAUGACUUCCUGGGAAGAACAACAUUGGAUUUAGGCAUCGUGAAGAAAUCCAUAGUUGUCGAUGAUUGGUUCACUUUAAAAGAAACUCCAUCUGGACGAGUUCACUUCAAGCUGGAGUGGUUGGCCUUGCUGCCAAACACCGAGCAGCUAGAGCAGGUCCUAAAGAGAAAUGAGAGUGUCACCAGCAUGACUUCCAAACCCCCUUCUGCAGCUAUCUUGGUCGUUUAUCUUGACAAGGCUGAGGCACUUCCCAUGAAGAAGGGUAAUAAAGAGCCCAACCCCAUGGUGCAGAUAUCUGUGCAGGAUGUCACGAGAGACAGCAAGACUUGUUACACGACUGUUAAUCCAGAGUGGGAGGAAGCUUUCACCUUCUUCGUCAAAGAUCCUCACAAACAGGACAUUAGCAUUCAGGUGAAGGAUGCUGACCGCGUGCAAACACUGGGCAGUCUGACCAUUCCUCUGCCCCGCCUGCUGGCAAAUGCCAAUCUGUCUCUAGACCAGUGGUUUCAAUUGGAAAAUUCUGACACAGCGAGUCGCAUCUAUGUCAACACAGUUCUCAGGGUCUUGUGGUUGGACGAGGACCGAAUUUCAUCAGAUGUGUCGUCUGAUUUGGCAGCUGGACUGUCCAAACAGCUUGCCCAACAAACCUCCCCUCAUUCUAGCUUCGCUACAGAGGGUCUACUUAGAAUCCACCUACUGGCAGGUCAGAAUCUUAUUCCAAAAGAUAACCUGAUGGGCGGCAUGGUGAAAGGCAAGAGUGACCCUUAUGUCAAGAUCAAUAUUGGGGGAGAAACUUUCACAAGCCAAGUUAUUAAGGGCAAUCUCAACCCCACCUGGAAUGAGCUGUAUGAGGUGAUUCUAACCCAGCUCCCAGGCCAGGAUCUGCAUAUGGAGGUGUUUGAUAAAGACGUGGACAUGAAAGAUGACUUCAUGGGCCGGUUGAAGAUAAGUCUGAAGGACAUCAUUGAUUCUCAGUACACUGAUCAGUGGUACUCUCUGAGUGAUGUGAAGUCUGGGCGCAUUCACCUGGUCCUGGAAUGGGUUCCAACCUCUUCAGAGCCCGACAGACUGGAUCAGGUUCUUCAGUUCUACUCCAGACAGUCGUACCAAAACAAGGCGGUGCCAUCAGCAGGUCUACUGUUCGUGUUUGUGGAACAGGCAGAUGGCUUACCUGUGAAAAAGAGCGGAAAAGACCCAAAAGUUGGAGUGGAGUUAACGCUUAGAAAAAUGUCUCGUAAAACAACAGUGUGUGAUCGCACAACAUCACCCAAGUGGAACGAGGCGUUCUGCUUCCUUGUUCGUGACCCGAGAGAAGAAGUCCUUAUUGUUAAGCUCUCUCACAGUUGGACCCUGCCCAUUGGUUCUUUGGUAGUUCCCAUCAAAGAGUUGCUGUCUGAACCAGAGCUGGUUCUGGACCAGUGGUUCCAUCUAGAUGGAGCCUCACCAGAGAGUCAGAUCCUUCUGAGGACUGAACUUAAAAUGCUGAUUCCUAGCAAAUGUCCUGGCGCUACAGAAAAGGCCAAAAUCACUGCGGCCUCAGACCCUGCUGCAGCUAAACGCCAUCAGGAAACAGACACAGUGCUGAGAUCAAGUUCAGUGGAUAUUCCUCCUGUGGAGACUAUUGUCUCCUCAGUGACUUUGGAUGAACGGGUUAAUGUAAAGAAAACAGAAGUUGAUGUGAAUGAAGAGAAGAUGGAAGAAUCCCACAGCCCUGCUAUCACACAACCCCCUCACACAUCCCCAGACCUCACGUUUGCCAGUGAGGGACUGCUGAGGAUCGUUUUACUGGAGGCCCAGAGUCUGGUUGCUAAAGAUAACAUGAUGGGUGGGAUGGUGAAGGGCAAGAGUGACCCUUAUGCAAGGAUCAGUGUUGGAGAGGAUGUGUUUAAGAGCGCUGUGGUCAAGGAGAAUCUCAACCCAGUGUGGAACGAGUUGUAUGAGGUUGUGCUGAGGCCUCAGUCAGGUCAGGACAUGCUGGUGGAGCUGAAUGAUAAAGAUAUGGACAAAGAUGAUUUCUUGGGCAGGUUCAGGGUCAGCAUUUCAGACAUAAUCCGUUCCCAGUUCAUAGAUCAGUGGUACACUCUGAAUGAUGUCAAGUCUGGUCGUGUCCGUCUCAUACUGGAGUGGGUCCCGACAGUAUCUCAUAAUGACAACCUGGACCAGGUGAUGCAGCUGCAGUCUCGUCAGUCUUACCAGAAUAAGGCUGUUCCCUCUGCAGCGCUGCUCUUCGUUUAUGUGGACAGAGCACACUCGUUGCCUUUUAAGAAAAGUGGGAAGGAGCCCAAAGCAGGUGCUGAGCUUGUGUUUGGAGGCACAACUUGCAGAACCAAGGUAUGUGAUCGCUCCAAAUCACCUCAGUGGGGUGAGGCGUUUCACUUCCUGGUUCAUGACCCUAAAGAGGAGAUGCUCAUAGUGAAGUUGUCCAGUGCAUGGGAUCAGUCCAUGGGAUCUGUGGUGCUUCCUGUGAAGGAGCUGCUUUCUGAACCACAGCUGGUUCUGGAUCAGUGGGUACAUCUGGAUGGAGCUUCACCUGAAAGUGAAGUCCUCCUCAGGGCUGAGCUCAAGAUUCUUGAGACAAAAAUGACAGAAGUUCCAAAGCCAUCUUCAUCUGGGUCAAAAAAAGAAGUUCUGAUCCCUCCUGCUGAAAACACCACAAAGGUCCUCAACAAGGAAGAUACAAGCUCCAAACAUCCAACAAAUACGUCUUCUUCAGUGUCUGAGCAGCCUGCACGCCUUGAGGCCAAAGUUGAUACUUUCCCUUCAACUAAAGUAGUGGAAGAACCAACAAAUAAAGAUGAACAUCACACACGGUCACAUGCAGCUGUAAAGGAAGACUUUGAAGCACAGCAAGUCCAAGCAGAAGGUCCCGGUUUAGGAGAUCUUGCUCAGGCCACGGUCACAAGUUUUCCUGCAGAUACUUUGGCAUCUGCAGAAGUCAAAGAAAUUCCUAAAGUGUGUCCAAGUCUUCCAGCACACACAGCUCCUGGCCCAAACUUUGGUAAACAGGGGGUGCUGAGGAUCCACCUGCUGGAGGCCCAGAAUCUGGUGGCAAAGGAUAACCUGAUGGGGGGCAUGGUGAAGGGCAAGAGUGAUCCUUAUGUGAAGAUUAACACAGGCGAUGUUACUUUUAAGAGUCAUGUUAUUAAAGAGAAUCUAAAUCCAACAUGGAAUGAAAUGUAUGAGGUGGUUCUGAGUGGACACAGCGAUCAGGGCAUCAUGUUUGAAGUAUUUGAUAAAGAUAUAGAUUCUGAUGACUUCCUUGGAAGAUUCAGCACUAAGCUAAAUGACGUCAUCAGAUCACAGUACACAGACCAGUGGUUCACUCUGCAGGAUGUCAAAUCUGGACGCGUUCACCUGAUUCUGGAGUGGGUUCCCACAGUUUCAAACAUACAGAAACUUGACCAGGUGCUGCAGCUUCCGUCCCUGCAGUCCUAUAAGAACAAAGCUGUCCCCUCUGCAGCUCUGCUCUUUGUCUACAUAGAGGCAGCACAUUCACUACCUCUGUGUGACCGCAGUACCAACCCUCAGUGGAAUGAGUCUUUCUACUUCAUAGUCCAUGACCCUAAACAACAGGUCCUUGUGGUGAAGCUGUCCAGUGGUUGGGACCAGCCAAUGGGAUCUCUCGUGGUUACUGUUAAGGAGCUGCUUGCACAGCCACAGCUGGUCCUGGAUCAGUGGUUCCAUCUGGAUGGAGCUUCAGCUGACAGUCAGAUCUUACUGAGAGCUGAACUCAAGAUUCUGAGUUCUAAACUGGUGGAUAUGAUCGGUGCGGGGACGCUGCCCUGUGCCGGUUCUGGGAAUGGGCAGGUGAAGCUGUCUCUUUCAUAUGCUUCAAAGGAGAGAAAACUGAUUGUUAUCGUUCAUGCCUGCAGAGGUCUGCUGUCACAAAGUAAGGAUGGCAUCGACAGCUACGUCUCUCUCAUGCUGCUGCCAGACAAAAGUAAGGCCACCAAGAAAAAGACGGCCAUGAAGAAAAAAGAUGUCAACCCAGAGUUCAAAGAAAGGUUUGAGUUUGAUCUGCCCGAGGAAGAGACAAGAUUCAGGCGCCUUAGCGUGUCGGUGAAAAAUAACUCUGCCUCGUUCAGAAGCCGAGAUGUUGUCGGGCAGGUGCAGAUUGAGUUGGCUCAGAUCGACCUGAUGUCAGGAGUCACAGACUGGUUCACUCUGAACGACGAAGCUGAAUAGUCGCUCUGCUUGCUAAACUUCUGCAGUGAUGAGAAUUUAAUCGCCCGACCCGACUCUCUGCUGUUGCACACAGAUGCCUUCUGCCCACGUUUGCACCUCUGUCAAUUUUACCUGCAUCCACCCAGCUCACCGUGUAUUAUUGUGAAGUAUAAAAUGUACUGCUGAGUACACACCUAAUUACCAAAGAUAGUAAAAUGAAGGAGCUGAGUUGAGACGAGAACACGCUGUAUGAGGAAGUAAGUUUUAACGGGAACAUUUCUGAGAGAAAAUGUAUUUAAGAUGGAGCUGAGGAAGGUCAAAAAUAAGCAGCUAUAAAAGUUUUAAGAAUAUUUGAAGUCUGAAUUUCUUUUUUGAGGUGCACAAUAUUUUUUAAUAGAAGCUCUGUAUGUUUUGUUGAUUGACAUUGGACACAUUUUCAGUAUUUAAACCAUACUUUGUUACAGCCUUACAGUGAAAUAUAUAAAUAUUUCACAGCACUUUGCCAUGCCAUGCUUUUGUCAACACAUUAAGAAAUCAUUAUUUUUAUGUUUGUUUUUUACUGUUAAGGAACAUUUGCUUAAACUUCACAUUCAAUUAAGGUUUGUUUGAUUUUGUGUAUAUUGGCAAAGAUCAGA